AUGGAAGCUCUCACUAUUGUCAGUGACUGGACUGACUCUGAAUUAAUCUUUGAAAUCAUGAAUGGUGCUCCUAAGUCCUGGACCACGCAUAUAGACACCUCAAGAAUAGUCACUUGGGAAGACUUCCUUGACAAGAUUGCAUGGCAUGAGGAGGACCUUUUGGGAAAAGAUUCUUCUCAUAACUCUGACAUACAGCGUCAACUACACCAGAUGCAAUCUACUCUCAAGAGACUAGAAGGAAACAGGCACUCUAGGCCAAGUGCGCGCUCACACUUAGCAGGAUCUAAACCAGUAGGAUGGCAUCAAAAUAAUCCUCCACCAAAAUACCCUAAGGAUGACUCUACAGUAUCUAAAGGUAAAACUCCUAAAGACAAGAAAGCUAGACCUUGUAGACACUGUGGAAGUAUGAUGCACUGGGAUAGAGACUGUAAGCAUGCCAAGAAGAACUCCAGAUUUGUGCAAUCACAUAUGGCACAAGCAGAUGAUGAUGAAUGGGAAGCCCAGGAAGCUUAUGAAGAUCUCUGUGAUGAAGCCUACCUUGAUGAAACAGAAUAUGACACUGAAGGAGAAGAGUCUGUUUCUGAGGAAGAGCAGGAUUUUCAUAAGCCCCUUCAGUCAUUAGCUGUCUCUACCUCCAGCGCUAAGCCCAGCUCUGGAUCCCAGGAGGAACAGCAUGGUCUGGAGGGGACCACUGUCAGCCAGGGUACUAACUCUGCUGACCAGGGCAGUAAGGAAUCUGAUUCAUCUGUAUUUUCUGGAUAUGUACAACCCAAGCUCCCCACUAGGAAGAGCCUUAAUAAGAAACUGAAAAUGGCUAGUAGUCAUACAGCUACUGCCAAGAAUGGAGAAGAAAUCACUCUCAAGCAAUUAAUGUCAAGACCACCAGGAACUGCUUUCUUUGGAUCCAAAGCCACCAUCAUCAAAGGUUGGCUUCAGACAAAUAAUGGACCUAAGAAGCGCAUCACCUUUGACUCAGGAUCAGAGAUCACUCUCAUUAAUGAGUCAAUACUUAAAACUCUAGAUCCAUCACCUAGACUUAUCACAGUAUAUUUCCCUUCCAUCAUCUUUGAUACUGAACAAGGAUUAGUUAAAAUGAUUGUAGAAGCCUACAUAGUUCCUCACAUGAACACACCUUUUAUCUUAGGAACAGACUUUGCAUCUCAGUAUCAACUGUCAUUAGUUAGGAAUGGAGAUGGAACAAGGAUAGUUUUUGGGGAUACAGGACGUUCUAUUCCUGUGGAAGAAUCAGAUUCCAGCCCAAGAAUUGACCAACAAGGUAAUACCUUUAUGGUUGAAGUUGCGCAAGGAUUCAUCAAGAAUUCUGAGAAAAUCAAGAUCUCUAAGAAAGCCUACAAGAAGCGACUUCAACAUAGGAAAUUACCUCCCAAUACUGUCAAAGUAAAAGUCUAUGAGACAGUUACUAUCCCAGCGCAUACCAUCAAGCUCAUCAAAGUCAAGACAAUAUGGAAGGAAGGUCAAGCCUCUGGUUUUAUGGACAGAUCUUUCAAUUCCCAUCGACAAGAAGAACAUCUGUUUGCAAUAACAGACUGCCUGAUAGAUAGGAACAAUCCUAAGAUUCAGGUUUCUAACCUAUCAGAACAUCCUUUAAGAUUGCAAGGAGGAGAAAUUCUUGGAUAUAUGCAUGAUCCCAAUGAAUACCUUGCAAAGGAAAAGGACAUUACUAAGGAAGAAAAAGACAGCAUUAUCAACCUACUGCAAGAAGAGGAAUUAAUGAAGUCGCCUGAAGGAGGACCCAAGACUGCUGAAGUACCUGACCCAGAACCUGUCCCUUCAGAUAGAUUCCUUCAAGAACAUGAGUUAGCCUUUGGAUUAGAUGGUAGACUUGGUACUCAUAACACUCAACUGGAAAUUAGACUAAGGCCAGGAACUAAAGAAAUAUCUCUAACCCCUUACCAUGCUUCUCCAGCUAAAAGAGAAGUCAUUGACAAGCAGAUUGAGGAAUGGCUUAAACUUGGAGUCAUUGAGCCAUCCAAGAGUGCUUGGGGAUUUCCUGUUAUAGUAGUCUAUCGCAACAGUAAAGCCAGACUAUGUGUGGAUUACAGACGUCUCAAUGAAGUAGCUGUACCAGAUGAGUAUCCCUUACCAAAGCUGUUAUGGAAUGACUAA